AUUUAUCCACCUGACAACAAUCGAGUGCUAAGCGCAUGUGACCUUCCGAACGAGUUAUAUGACUCAAUGUUUUUGCCAGAGAUUGAGAGUGACUUCGGCGGUCUUCCCUCCAUCGUUGAAAACCACAGAAACUCUGGCUGGCAGUACAACGAUUCCGCGGCACCUCAUUUUGUCCAAUCCCCAGCGGUUCCUUCGCUGGAGACCGUCUCUAGUACGAAAACGACGUGCUCUCAAUCAGAGACUCGCACGCUACCCCGCGAUUCGACAGUGAAAUCUGAAUACAUUCGACCAAAGCGACAACGGCAGGCCAAUAACACAGGUGUAUCGCGGAAGAAUACGAAGAAUAAGGAGCGAAACCGAAUGUCUGCGUUAAAGUGUCGCCAGAGGAAGAAAAAGCAAGUUCGAGAACUACAAGAAAACCUGGAAGUGCUUGGCUCUCGCCACUCAAUCUUACAAAUUGAGUUCAGGGAGCUAAGGGGAGAGGUGAGUAAAGUAAAGAACCUUCUGAUAGCCCACUCGGGGUGCAACAACGCUGAAAUCGACAAUUGGAUCAAGUAUGAAGCGACGGAAUUUGUGAAAAUUGAACUCACGUCAUAGCUGGGAAUAUGCUGUAAGAUGUCUUUCAUCGCGGGGAAAUGUCAAAGCACAGAAUAAUAUACCGGGCUGGAGUGGUUUAGUAGAUGAUGGACGAAAGGCGGAUAUGGGACGAAGAGGCUCUGAAACAAAACAAACAAGCGUUUCCAGAUUUAGCACAAAAGCCAAUAUAGGACUACGCAUUAGCGCAGCGCACAUUCCCUUUUCAGUGGCUGGCAAUGCGACAAGCGAGAAUGGAUAUCAUCUAAUUCCGCAAAUUUAGCACGGUGAGUGGUAAUGGUAGGGUCGAAAAACUCUAGUGCGUAUUGAC